GUUCCACCAUACGGGCAGUGGCCGUACCAUUGGGAAGUCCGGACCCGUCAGAGCAAGUAGUACCAUACGCUGGGCCCCAAGUAAAUAUGCCGCCUCCAAGCUACCCCGUCGCUCAGGCCCAACCCGUGGCGCCGCCUCUGUCGCCCGCGCCUAACUCACAAGGUAGCGUGGCAAGUGGAGGUAAUCAAGGCCAGGGAAACCAAGGGAAUGGACGGAGAGGCGGUGGAAGAGGACGCGACAGAUAUGGUGGUGGUCGAGGAGGUCAAUGGGAUAACCAAGGUUACCAGGGCCAGAGAAACCAAGGUAACCAAGGUAACCAAGGGAACCAGGGGAGCGGAAGGACCCGUUUUGAUGCCAUAUGCCAACAUUGUGACAAGCAAGGUCACACCAGACGGUUCUGCAAUACAAAGUGGGAAGACGAAAGAGUGAGACUGAUUUACUCAAAUAUGGAUGAUGACAUAUAUGAUCAGUUCGGGGAGUACAUUGAUAGGAAGGUCCCUGGCAGAGUGAGAGCGGAGGCCCAAAGAAGAGUAGCCGCAUGGCAAGCGCCACCUGCCGCGUUCAGGUUGUGGCAGGAGAAAGAGGACCCACCAAUUAGAGUGGAAGAGGUGGGAAGUGAUGAGGAGGUGACCCAAAGGCUGCAGGCAGAGGAUAUAAAGGAAGAACCCAUAGUCGUUGAGUCAGAGGAAGAGAGUGAAGAGGAGAAAGUAGAACCCCCAUUAGUCUUGCUGAGGAAGACGGAGGACCUAUUGGACAAGGUGGGAAGAUACCAACAGAAGUUGGUGGACCUCUAUGAAGGAGUGAAGGAAUGGAGGGUCAGCAUCCCUAAGGUCUUCCUCUAUGAAUCCGGCCCAGAAUCCAUGCCAGGACAACUCGGGGUGACCACCGUGGGAUCAGGCCCGCGGUCAGGGAUGAUGACCAGACCCCCUACGCCGCAGGGAAGGCCGGCGCAGGCGGCUCGUAGUCGAGGUCAGGCUAAAGCCGGUGCAAGCCAAGAGCCUCCUCGAAAAGAACCUGAACCAGAGAAGGGAAAGGAAGCAGUAGAAGUGGAGGAUGAUGACGAGGAGAAAAAAAAUGAUAAAAGGUUGCGCCAAGAGGAAGAUCAGAGGGCGGAACAGAGGGCUAGAAAGAGAGAGGGCAGGGAAGAGCCAAUCCUGAGCGAUGUGCCGCUCAAGAAGAAGAAGUAUGCGGUUCGGUUGGAAGAAGGGUUCGAUGUGGAGAGGGUGAUUGAUAGAUUAUUGGAGGGUCACAACGACCUUAUGACCCUAAAGGAGAUUUUGGCGUCGGCACCUAAGCUUCGUGACGGGCUGAAAGGGAGAUUGUCGCGACGCUUGGUGCCCAGCGUCCAUCUAAGUAUGAUCCUGCUUAAGGAAGCUGAGUGGGCGGAAACGGGGACGAAGAUGAACUGGAAGUGCGUAGCUUGUGGCACAGUGGAUUUGGUGGUAAAAGGCUCCAUGUGCUCAACCAUGGUGGAUACGGGAGCUGAAAUGAACAUUAUCCGGGAGGCUGACGCGGUCAGUUUCGGGUUAGAGAUAGACCGCUCGGAUUGCAAUAUCCUAAAUGGCGCCAACUGCAAAGUAGUGUUUUGUGGGACAACCUCGAAUGUACUUAUCGAGGUUGGAAGAGUAAAGGCCAGGACAUGCUUCUUCGUUAUGCCGGACGUGAAUCACGGGAUUCUCUUGGGAAGGUCCUUAUGCAGGACAGAGACAUUGAUGUUCAACAAACACGAUGAGACUCUGAUCCUUAUUAUGUGUGACCUUGCCUGCGGAAAUUAUGAGAUGAUUACCUGCAGGAAUACAGCGCCUCGGAGCAUAAGAAACCAGCCCAAUCCGGGCUCAUUCACGAUUGAGGAGUCAGAACGCGAGCGCCGGAGACUCCUUGCGGAGCCAAAAGAGGAAGAAAGAAUCGAGGCAUUUUCCAUCAGUCCGUCGGACGUAAAUAAGGCCAUUGGCAUAGUGGUCACGCAUGAGAUGGCGGAUCCAGACGCCAUCCAGGCACUGAGAGAGCAAGUUCUGGAAUGCCCCCAGGCUGGGGAGUUGGAACUGGUGUAUGGACUUCCAGAAGGGAGGAGGAACCCGACAUCGAUGCAAGCACCAGAUGAUUUUUUUCCAUUUCUUAAGAUUCGGUUAACCAUCAUGUUGACUAAACGACUUCUGUAAAUGGAAUCAGGCUUAGGAGAUAAAUAGUAAUAGAUAAGAUAUUAUUUGUAUUUGAUAAAACACUCUUUUUAUUUUAUUCUUAUUUUAUUAUGAAUAAAUUAGAUACGGAGAAGGUUAGAUUAGCCGAAAAAUGGUGAUCGGUUCAAGGAUACAAGGUGAGAAGGAGUGGAGAAAACACUCUGAGCUAACAUCCUAGUACUAGGUGCUACGGCACUGAAGUAAUCCAUGCCAUGCUUCGAAGAAAAGCUCGAAAGACUAAUAAUAAGUGGGUGCMUGUACCUCAAACCGACACAGGUAGGUAGGUAGAGAAUACCUAGGGGCGCGAGACAACUCUCUCUAAGGAACUCGGCAAAAUAGCCCCGUAACUUCGGGAGAAGGGGUACCUCCUUAUACAGGAGGUAGAUUUUCUUCAAGGAUCUUUUGAAAAACACAAAAUCUAUGCUAAUAUUAUUAUAUGCAUAGAUGGAAUAAGCAAUAAUAAUACCAAUCAAUGCAAUUCCAAUUG